UACAGAACACACAGCUAAAGCUAAGAUAGAAGUGUUCGGGGAGCAGUCGCCACCAAACAAAUUAUAAGAACGAAUUUGAAAUUUUAUAGCAGACAUUUUGGAGGGUCAACGGUGGACGUGGUGAUUGGGAUUGGAAAAGGAUUUUUCCUCUGGAACCAGACAUAACAAUGGAGAUGGUGCAAACAAAAGUACAUCAUAAGAAAAGGCAAGUGGUGAUCUUCAUUAUAUUGAUUCUUUUGUGGGAGGCAGGUUCAGAAUCGAUUCAGUAUUCUAUACUGGAGGAGACAGAAAGUGGCACAUUUGUGGCCAACCUGACAAAGGACCUGGGACUCAGGAUGGGAGAGCUGGCUGCCCGGGCCGCCCGAGUUGUUUUUAAGGGGAAUAGGCAGUAUUUGCAGUUUGAUCCAGAGACCUAUGAUUUGCUGCUAAAUGAGAAACUGGACCGGGAGGAGCUGUGCGGCUCUACUGAGCCCUGUGUGCUACCCUUCCAAGUGUUACUGGAAAAUCCCUUGCAGUUUUUUCAGGCUGCCUUGCUAAUUAGAGAUGUAAAUGACCAUGCCCCUGAGUUCCUGGAAAAUGAAAUCCUCCUGAAAAUCUCAGAAAGUAGCCAUACAGGGACCGCAUUUCCUUUGAAAAUAGCUCAAGAUUUAGAUGUGGGCAGUAACACAGUUCAGAACUACACAAUUAGCACCAACUUCCAUUUCCACCUUUUCACUCGAAAUCGCAGCGACGGCAGGAAAUACCCGGAGCUGGUGCUGGACAAAGAGCUGGACCGUGAGGAGCAGCCAGAGCUCAGGUUAACCCUCACGGCGCUGGAUGGUGGGUCACCGCCAAAGACUGGGACUUCCCAGGUUCUCAUCAUGGUCCUGGACAUAAAUGACAACGCCCCUGAAUUUGCUCGGCAGCUCUACGAGGUGCAGGUCCCAGAGAACAGCCCUAUAGGCUCCCUUGUCAUCACUGUCUCUGCCAGAGAUUUGGAUGCUGGGACCUACGGAGAGCUCUCCUACUCAUUUUUCCAAUCCUCAAAUCAAGUCAUUCAGGCCUUUGAAGUCAACACAGUCACGGGGGAUAUUCGAUUAAAAAAAAUGUUGGAUUUUGAGGAAAUUCGAUCUUACCGUAUGGAAAUUGAGGCCUCAGACGGCGGGGGUCUUUCAGGAAAAUGCACUGUAGCCAUAGAAGUGACGGAUGUAAACGACAACGCCCCUGAAUUGACCAUGUCACUACUCAUGAAUGAUAUCCCAGAAAACACCCCUGACACUGUGGUCGCUAUUUUCGGAAUUUCAGAUCCAGACGCCGGGGACAAUGGCAAAAUGAUGUGUUACAUCCAAGACCAUCUCCCCUUCCUUCUGAAAAUUACUGUAGAAAAUUUCUACACCUUGGUAACAGAAGGAGCGCUGGACAGAGAGAGCAGAGCCGAGUACAACAUCACCAUCACCGUCACUGACAUGGGAACCCCCAGGCUGAAAACCGAGCACAACAUAACCGUGCUGGUGUCCGACGUCAACGACAACGCCCCCGCCUUCACCCAGACCUCCUACACCCUGUCCGUCCGCGAGAACAACAGCCCCGCCCUGCACAUCGGCAGCGUCCGCGCCACAGACAGAGACGCGGGCGCCAACGCCCAGGUCACCUACUCGCUGCUGCCGCCCCUCGACGCGCACGUGCCCCUGGCCUCCCUGGUGUCCAUCAACCCGGACAACGGCCACCUGUUCGCCCUGAGGUCCCUGGACUACGAGGCCCUGCGGGCGUUCGAGUUCCGCGUGGGCGCCGCCGACCGCGGCUCGCCCGCGCUCAGCAGCCAGGCGCUGGUGCGCGUGCUCGUGGCGGACGACAACGACAACGCGCCCUUCGUGCUGUACCCGCUGCAGAACGCCUCGGCGCCCUGCACCGAGCUGGUGCCCAGGGCGGCCGAGGCGGGCUACCUGGUGACCAAGGUGGUGGCGGUGGACGGCGACUCGGGCCAGAACGCCUGGCUCUCGUACCAGCUGCUCAAGGCCACGGAGCCCGGGCUGUUCGGCGUGUGGGCUCACAACGGCGAAGUGCGCACGGCCCGGCUGCUGAGCGAGCGCGACGCGGCCAAGCACAGGCUGGUGGUGCUGGUCAAGGACAACGGCGAGCCGCCGCUGUCGGCCAGCGUCACGCUGCACGUGCUGCUGGUGGACGGCUUCUCGCAGCCCUACCUGCCGGCCCCGGAAGCGGAAGCGGCGGACGCGGCGCCGGCCGCCCCUCUCACCGUCUACCUGGUGGUCUCCUUGGCGUCGGUGUCGUCGCUCUUCCUCUUCUCGGUGCUGGUGUUCGUCGCGGUGCGGCUGUGCAGGAGGGGCGGGGCGGCCUCGGUGGGUCGCUGCUCGGUGCCCGAGGGCCCCUUUCCGGGCCACCUGGUGGACGUCAGCGGCACGGGGACCCUGUCCCAGAGCUACCAGUACGAGGUGUGUCUGACGGGAGGCUCUGGGACCAGGGAGUUCAAGUGUCUGAAACCUCUUGUCCCCAACAUCAUGGGUGAAGGGGUUGGUACGGACACCGAGGAUAACUCCAACUUUAGAAACCAUUUUGGGUUCAAUUAAGAAUCUCACUUGACAAGAUGUGAUAAAUGAUCACAUUCAGUAAUGUAUUAAUUUCCAACCCUUUCACAUAGAGCUUACAUAUUCACUCAUUCGUAAGUUUUGUCAUAUUUAUAGUUUGAAGUAUUUUACAUUCCGAAUCUCUAAGUGUUUUUUAUUGUUGCUCUCUUUUUUUUUAAGCCCUUCACAUUUUGCAUGUGAGAUGAGACAUGAAAUGGUGAAAUGGUGUUUCUCAGUUUUUUGGUGGUCAGAUUUUUGUA